AUGGAUUCUUCACAAAAUGAUGACUCUGUUUCUCAACAGCAAAUUAACGAAAAAUCUACAAUAAACACUCAAUCAAGUACAAACAAGACUGAUGUGAAUAAAGAAAAUAACGAAAAUGAAGCUGUUAUAACCUUCCCCAAAGGUCAAGUAGAAGUCAUGGAGGUUGAUGAAUUUGAAGAUAAUUCCAAAGUACCACAUUUAUCCUUUUGGAAAAUUUAUCUUUUAUUUCUUAAUUUUGGAUUUCAUGCUUGGGGAGGACCUGUAGCUCAAAUUGCUCUUAUUAAAGAAAGACUAGUUAUAAAAGAUCAAUGGAUAACUCCGGCAAGGUUCAAUAGAGUUUAUGGUGUUUUCCAAAUUUUACCAGGACCCGAAGCAACAGAAUUGUGCAUGUUUUUCGGUUUUCUUGCGGGAAGAGGACGAAUUGGCGGAUUUCUUGGUGGAUUGGGUUUUGUCACGCCCGGAUUUUUACUAAUUUUGUUAUUUUCUUUUAUAUAUGUUAAAGUGGGAUUAAAAAAUAUCUAUUUUAAUGCGUCAUUUCGUGCUUUACAACCUAUUGUAGCUGCAAUGGUACUAAGAGCUGUUCAUAAAAUUGGAGAUCAUUCGUUUAUAUCUAGCCGAGAUAGAAAAUUUAAUUAUUUGUUAUUUGGUUUAGCCAUAUUAUCUGCUAUACAAACUGUUGUGAAUUUAAAUUUUUUUAUUACGUUAGGUGUAUGUGGUAUAGCCUAUAUGUUUCUUGAUCGAAAAAUGUAUUGGCCCGGAAUAUUGGUUUUUGUGUUGGAAUUCAUCGGAUUUGGAGUUUAUGUCGGAUUUAGAGGACUUCCAUCAAAAUAUUCAAUAGCAACCGGAGUAGGAAAAGAAACUGAUCCUGGCCAUAUAUUUGGCUUAGGUCUAAUUGCGGGAAGUCUAUCAUUUGGAGGAGCUUACACAACCAUACCUUUCUUGCAAGUAGAAGCCGUUAUGAUUGGAAAAUGGAUGGCAAAACAAACGUUUCUCGACGCGAUUGCUAUUGGUCAGAUUUUGCCAUCACCAUUAGUUAUGUUUUCCACUUUUAUAGGAUACUACGGUGGUUGGGUAUAUGGAAAUGGAAAUCAUGCAUGGGCGUUCUUGAAUGCUACAUUGAUUUCGAUAGGAAUUCUUACACCAUGUUUUUUUUUUACGAUAUUGGGUCAUCAUGCUCUCGAAAAAUUAGUUCGUAAUAAAUUUCUUGCAGCAUUUUUUGAUGGUAUUUCAGCUAGCGUAGUAGGUAUUAUUGCUAUUACAGCAUUAGAUUUGUUAAAUUUUUCUGUCACUACUACAGCAAUGAUAGACAAUUUACCACCCGAAAAAAAAGAUUUGGUUGCUGCCCAACAUAGUUCCAUAGCAGCUAUUUUGUACGUUUUAUCGUUGGCUACUUUAUAUACUUUUAAAAGACCUACGACAUCCUUAGUAUUGGUAAUUUUUGGUGCUAUUGCUGGACAAUAUCUAUUUGUUGUUAACGAAAAUGGAGAACGUUUAGAACUAUAG